GCGAUACUAAGCUGAUUAAUGGUAUAUCAACUCUUGAGUUAAGUCAGGAGACUCAUCAAUUACCGAUCCAUACAUUACAAUACCGAGUCUAGCCAAGACGUCCAACAGUUGCCAGAUAAAAUGUUUUCCAAGUUGUUGGUGCUCUGUGUGAUGCCACAGCUUGUGGAUCUCUGGAAGGAAAAGGAUAAUCCUGUGUGCCGACUACCUCCUCGAAAAGGAUCAUGCCAAGAGAAGUCACUCAGAUAUUACUAUGACUUUAAGGUACAUUGGUGUAGAGCAUUUCUUUACAGCGGUUGUGAUGGCAAUGAAAAUAAUUUCGAAUCCAAGAUUGCCUGCAAGAGAGUUUGCGAGGAAAUUGAUCCUAUUUGCCUGCAGCCCAGUCAUAGAGGUAAAUGUGAAGGUAUGUACAAACAUUACUACUAUAACAACUCAUUGAAAAGGUGUACACAGUUCUAUUACGGAGGCUGUGGUGGCAAUGAUAAUAACUUUUCGUCCAAAGCGGACUGCGAACAGUUCUGCAUAAUCUGAACAGUUCACGGUCAGACCCUGCAUUAAAAGUCCGACUGGUCAGCUUGUUGACAAAUAAAUUAA